CCUCCUUAUUUAAGGGUUUUUCUUUAAAAUUCCCGUAACAGAAGUGCUUUGGCAUUUGUGAGUAUGUAGACUUGGUAGACUCAACCCCACUGCUCUGUGACUGGUCAGAUUUUGGCUAGAAACAGGUGAUGUGUGUUUCAGGGGAGGGAACUAGAAGCAGGCUAUAUUAUAAAGAUGAGAUGGAAAUUAUAAUAGUUAGAAGAAGAUAUCCACAGUGACAAGACAUCACUGAUGAGCUGCUUUUACAAGAUGGACUGUGAAGUUCCUUUAAUGCCCACUAAACCAGAGAUCAGGAUCGUGCUACUUGGGAGGUACGGAAAAGGGAAGAGCUCUUCAGCAAAGACCAUCCAGGGACAGCCUGAAGUCAUCGGUCCCACAGAGACAUGCCAGGAGAAAACUGUGGUCAUUGACGGGCAGAAGGUGGUGGUUGUUGAUACUCCAGGUCUGUUCAGGUGUGUACCAGAUCCAGAGAAGGAGAAGGAGAAGGAGAGGGUGGUGACAGAGAUGAAGAAGUCCAUCAAACAUGGAGGACUUCAUGUGUUCCUGAUUGUGAUAAGCUCGUGUGACACUUUCACUAAGGAGGAAGAGGACACAGUGGAAAUCAUUUGCAGAACUUUUGGCAAAACCACAUUGACUUUCUCCAUGGUGUUGUUCACCUAUCGAAACGAGGUCCGAGGAAAAAUCGAGGACCGUUUUAAACGUAAAGGUCUGGAGAACCUAAUCAUACAGUGCCGCUGGAAUUACCAUUCUUUUGAAAAUGAGGUUCAGGAUCCUAAACAAGUCACUGAUCUACUGCAGAAGAUCAACAGCAUGAUUGAGGCAAACAGAGGACGAUGCUACACCCAUGAGAUGCUGCAAGAUGCUGAAAAAGCCUUGGAAAUAAAAGACAAUGAAAAGAAAGAACAAGAAGAGAAAGAAGAGAAAGAAGAGAAAGAGAAUCUGAAAGAAAAUGAAACAGACUCCCGAAGAAACUUUAUUCGAACAACGGCUUUUCUUGGAGCAGGUGGUGGAUGUCUGAUGGGGUAUCUGUUUGGUGGUGGUACAGUGACUUCUAGUACACUAGCUGCAGCGGGAGGUUUGGUGGGUGUGCUGCUGGCAGGUGGAUCGGCACGUUUAAUGACUGUAAAAAACCUGUGCAAAUGCAAAACGUGAGAUGUUCUUGUGUUAACAAAUGAACAUACUUGCCCAAAGAAGAUUGGGGGGGUCGAAGAAAUGUCAAAGAAAAAUGUGAAAUGUUAUCAAAUGAUAUAAUAACAGAUAAACAGCACAGGACACACAGUGGUGGAGGGCGUGUGGGAUGGUGGACUGGCCAAAGCUCCUAGAUUUCUGGAACAGGUUUUGGGUUUUAACUUGACUUUGGGUCCAUUUCAUAUACUGAGUACUGUAUACCUUCUGAUACUCUGACGCACAGACUGCUGUGCUGUUAAUAGCAAAGAAAACAUUUACAGCUUCCUGCUUCAAUAAUGCCAGAACUGUCCAGAAACGGCCUCCUUCAUAUGUUACUGUAUUUAGGUUGAUUGAUUUCAUUGUAUUCAUAUUCUUAUUGGAGUUCACCUGAUACAAUGUAACAACAUUUGGCCACAGCUACAGUUGUGAUUGAUUCAUGAGUGCUGUCAGUGGUUGUAGUUCAUGUUCAGGUGUCUGUUAUUACAAACGAGGAAAAAUGAUUUUAUGUCAAUGUUCAAACAGAAUGCAUGUGAUGAGAUCUCCUCCUGUGUCGUGACGUCAUGGUGACUUUAUAUUUGAUUAUUCAUUUAAACUAUGUCAAACAUUCACACGUUGGUUCGUCACAUGUUGAACUUGUUUUGCAGAUUGUGUGUUGUGUGUUUUUGUUCAUUGUGUAGAUUAUAAGACACUUCUGUCACUUUCAUCUCUGCACUUUUCUUUAAAAUGUCCCCGCUGAGGGAUGAAUAAAGUAGAAUCUAAAAAAUCUAAUCUAAGUCAGCUCAGCUACACGCACACACACACACAC